AUGUCGACAUCAUCUGACUCGUCAUCUGGUACUACAGUGUCAUCGUCCAGUCAGUCUACGGUCUCUUCUAAUACCGAUCCCAUUACGUCAGACACAACGACAACCACGACGACUAGUGAUCCUGGUACGACUACUACAACUUCGACAUCGCCAACUACAACCACUUCGGACCCGACAACGACAACGACAACUACUUCCAACCCGCCAACCACGACUACAACAAGCCCCACAACGACUUCAGAAACUCCCACGACGACUACCACUUCUACAUCGAGUAGUGAGACACCGACUUCCACUCGGUCCUCUUUGUCGAGUACAACGCUGGUCCAGGGCAAUACCACCGUAGUAGCCCAAGAGACAACACUUUCCAGCACUCUGCUCUUCACAGUAACCUCUGACGGCCAGACAAUAACAAGCACUCCGUCGCAGUUUACUUCUACUCUUACAUCUACGAACUCGGAUGGCCAACUGUCUACUAUCACUCAGAUCGUGGUGAAUCCCACGCUAAGUUCAGACGGUGGUGGAGGGGGUUCUCAGUUCUUCAAAAACAAAGGGGCAGUUGCGGGAGUAUUCCUGAUCGUUGGCCUCGCAGCAGCAUCUGUAUGCAUAUGGAUCAUCUUUUCGAUACAUCGCCGGCGCAGAAAGCGAUUACUUGAGCGAGAGGCUGCGAUUGCUGCACCCGCCGGUCAUCGUUCGCCAUUGGAAGAUGAAGACGACGAUACGGAACAUAGUAUGAUGCAGAAUGCUGCACCACCGGUAACUGCUCGUCCACCUUCCGCAUACAUGGAUGACGGUGGCGGUCUUCGCCCAGUUGACGGAGUCAUGUUUGAUCCGUACGUGGGAUACCCACAUGCACAAGGAGGUGCAUACACGGGACGAGACGGAUACAUUGCCGCUCGUACAUCCAGCCCUCCUCCGGGGAGUCCCUCCUCGGCCGAAUACAGGCUCGGUGGCCACCAUCGACAGCCUAGCGGGACUAGUAACAGCAAUACAAGCGGUGAAAAUGGAGCAGGGACACACAGUCGCUCAUAUAGCUUCAGUUCCUAUGAACCACUCCUUGCUGCUGCGGGAAUCUCGAGCCGAACGCCUCCAGAAAGUCCUGGACCUGCGCAAAUGGUUGCCGGGCCACCACCGACUCCACCUCCACGCAAUCCACUGAGGCCAUCAUCUGCAAAGAAAGAGGAAGCUGACGGACGUGCUGAUGACAGACUCGAUCCCGCUCUAGCAUCGCGACUUACUCGGGCGGACACAACUGCGUCGGGCCUACGAGAUGACGAAGACUAUUCGAGGCCUGUGCUUGGGGUACGGAACCUGCCCAGCAACGCCAGCAUCAGUGAAUAUUCUGACGACGAAAAGCAUUCAUAA